CAGUUCUGACAGAGAGGAGAGGUUUCUAUUUUUAGGGAGACUGGAAUGUACACUGAGGCCUCUCGAAGGAUUUCUCAACAACAAAUAACAUACCCGUGCUCGCCUCGGUCUCUAUAAACAUCCACCUGCCAAACUGAGAAAGUGAAGAACUUUCAGAAGUUUUGGAAAACAGAGGGACGAGUUUGAGCUUUGCUUGAGGUUUGACGGUCAAUUGAUAUUUAGAGGACUAUCUAGAAUGUGCUUCAAAUCAGCUGAGACGGGCUUAGAUGGUCCAGUAUCAGAAGUUCUGCAUUUUAAAGACAAAAACCUGAUCUCCACCCUCUUACUGGAGCUGAACAACUUGAGAAAGGACCGAAUUCUCACUGAUGUUGUUCUGUGCUCUGAGAGCAAGGAGAUCCCAUGUCACCGCAAUGUCCUGGUGUCCAGCAGCCCCUACUUCUAUGCCAUGUUCUGCAGCAACUUCCUGGAGACCCAGAAGUCCAGGAUAAACCUUGAAGGAGUUCCUCAUGAAAUACUUGCAAUGAUCGUGGGGUAUGUGUACACAGGGUCCAUCAGCAUCAGCAUGGAGCUGGUUCUCCCUCUGAUGCAGGCCGCCUCAAUGCUUCAGUACGGAAGACUUUUUGAGGCCUGUUCGACCUUCCUGCAGACCCAGCUCAGUCCAGACAACUGCCUGAGCAUGAUCCGGCUUUCCGAAAUCCUGCAUUGCUCCAGCUUGCAGGAAAAAGCGAGAGAGCUGGCCAUUAAGAGCUUCUCAGAUGUGGUGGUCUCUGAGGACUUCUGCGAACUCUCACUGCCAGAACUGGUGAGCUACUUGGAGGACGAUAAGCUGUGCGUUGAAGAGGAGCAAGUUUUUGAGACUCUUCUAGCUUGGAUUCAUCAUGAUCCAUUCUCCAGACAUGGCACCAUUCACGAUUUGUUCCGUCGCGUGAGAUUGAGACACGUCCACCCUUAUUAUCUUUUCCAGUUUAUUGCCAAUGACCCUCUAGUUCAGUCGUCUUCUAUAUGCACAGAAAUUAUCGAAUCCGUUCGUCGCCUUCUGUUUUCUGUCGGCACUCAUUGUCCUGGUGAUCUUGAGCCUCUGUGGAUGACACCACGACGUCAGAACUGUAAAGAGGGGCUUGUAGUAGUUGGAGGACGUAAGAAUGGUGAACAGACAUCCCGUGAGGCGCUACUCUAUGAUGAACAAUCUCACUGUUGGAAAUGGCUUGCAAAGAUUCCUCUUCGGCUCUACAGACCUGCUUAUAUCUGCAUGCACAGCAUCCUUUACGUACUAGGAGGCUUAACAAUGAAAUCAGGAGGACAAUGUACACCCAGCAACACCGUCUACACGCUUUCUCUAAAAACAAAUCAGUGGCGAAUGGGAGAACCCAUGCUGACGUCCCGAUACGGCCAUCAGAGCGCCACCUACCUGCAUUUUAUAUUUGUUCUGGGUGGAUUGGGGGCUGAUGGACAGCUGUCUAAUGAGGUGGAGCGAUACGACACUAUGUUUAACCAAUGGGAGGCCAUGGCACCAAUGCCCACUGCAGUUCUGCAUCCUGCUGUAGCCGCACACGACCAGAGAAUCUACGUGUUUGGUGGGGAAGACGCUAUGCAGAAACCAGUGCGAAUGAUCCAGGUGUACCACAUUGGAAGGAAUAUGUGGUCCAGGAUAGAAAACAGAACAGUGAAGAAUGUUUGUGCACCUGCUGCAGUGAUUGAUGAUAAAAUCUACAUUGUAGGCGGAUACACAAGAAGAAUGGUAGCUUAUGAUGUAAAAAGCAACACAUUUGACAAAUGUGAAAAUAUGAAAGCCAGGAAGAUGCAUCACUCUGCAACUGUUGUGAACGGCAAGAUCUACGUGACUGGAGGCCGUUUCUUUAACAACCACGAGCGUGUGGAAGACUCAGACAGCUUUGACUGCUUCGACCCAAAGACAGACUCAUGGACGUCAAUGGGGAAGUUGCCAUUCAAGCUAUUUGACCACGGCUCAGUACCACUGGUCUAUCUCUCUGAUAAGUUUCUGCCAACAUGAUUGUAUUUGUGUCAAAGUGUUGGUUAGUGACUUAAAGAGCACCCAUGAUGAAAAUCAUCUCUUGUAAGCUGUUUGGACAAAACUGUUGUAGGUAUAGUGUGUUCACAGUCAUAUUGGGGUGAUAUAAAGACUAUAAGUCAAAAUAGGAUCCAAAUUCCUCCCAUUUUGAGGCCCACUGCAACGUGAUGUAGGAGUGCGGUUUCCCCGCCCACCAAAUUGAUUGAUUGACAGCCACGUAUUAACAUGUCUCCAUAGCAACAUGUAGAAUCAUAUCAACAAGACAGAACGUGUGCAAAGCAACCGGGAUUAAAAGAUCUGUUCAGCUCUCUGUGAUAAUCAAAUGUGAUCAAAAAUAAGUUUUACAAGUUUAAAACGUUUUUAAAACAGUGCAUGUUUGUAAUGAAUUACAGAGAUUUUACAGUCUUUAUUUUAUCAGCACAACCGCGAGAUGACACUUCAAUCCCGGUUUGUGGACGUUAAAUCAGGGUUAUUUUGUACAUUAACAAAACAGAUAUCAUACAGCAGUGGAUAUUAACGUUUAUCCUGUCACAUUUGCCGUGCAAAAACAGUGCAAAGAUAAACGCCACGCUGUGUGUGUUUGUGUGUAUGCGUGAACUUUAUAACGAUGUUGUGUGUGACUCAUCGAAAGGCUUGAGUUAACUCCACAACAAAUACAUCAAAUAAUCAUUGGGAAAGUUCCUACUGUAGUAAUUCUCACAAACGUUACCUGAGAUCUGCUUCACUGUGCUGUUUAUCUGAUGCCGCCAAGGCGGAGAUUGAGGCACACUCUGAGAGGCAUGUGGGAAUGGUGGGCGGGGAGAACUAGCAUUAAAGGCACAGGCUACAAAAACAGCUACAUUGCGUUUAGAGCAGAAAAUUCCAAUAUUAACAAAGGUAUAAUAAAUAAUCUGAUGGGUGUUUUGAGAUGAAACUUUACAGACACAUUCUGGAGACACAAAAGACUCCUCUUAAAUCUUGAAAAAGGGGUAAAGAAGGUGCCCUUUAAUGCAAAUGUAAAAUAUGUCUGUCUCCAACUGAAAUUCUUGCUGCACUGUAUUUGAUAGAUCACAUUUAGAAAAUAUGCAAUGACAACGCAAAUGACAGACAAGCAAAAUAAAGCUUUGGUGGUUUCCUUUUGUACGUGUUAAGUUCUAAGUAAAAUAACUAAUAAUAGUUGUUAAAAUGUCAGAGCUAUAGUCCAAUGCUGCAUGAUAUUUCAAAUUAAGCAAGUAAGACAUCAUUUUAGCUUAAUUGUCAAGACUCUCUAUAACUUGGUCUAGUGCACAUUCGUUUACACUAUAAUACACAUUACCUAUGAACCUGAAGAGUUUGUUUUGAAAUGUUUUGAACUUGAAAUUGAAUAGUUUAUUCACAUUCCUCUAUUUUGUAAAUUGGUUAUGAAUGUAUUUAUGUGAUUGUUUGUUUGUUUGUUUGUUUGUUUUUAAAUAUAUAACAGUUACGUUCUGUUAGAAAUUAAUUGAGUGGAACAUUAAUAAAUAAAGACGGUUUAUUAUUAAA